AUGGAAAUCGUGGCUGUUGAGCGCGAUGUUCAUUUCCAGAUUCGACACGUCAAGCAAAUGAGAGUGUGUAGUGAACAUCCUUCACUAGACGACUUUAAACCUUUAAAUGGAACACGACGGUUUCUGAAAGCAACAGCUGUGCCCAUCAUCAAACCUCGGGUUCGGGAUGAAUAUACUGAUCAAACCUCGACAGAGUCUCUGGAUUCUGUGAGUAACGUAGGAGGACAGCGGCAGAUCCUGCAGAGGAUGAUUGUGAAGAUAUGUUCAGUCGAUCUGAUUGAGAUAAGAAAACCAACAGCAGAAGAACAAAUUGAUGAAGAAGACAGUGGUGAAGAUGGUGAUGAAGCUGACGGUGUUGAUAUUUUUGUUGUUAAAGUUACAGAAGUUGAAGAUUUUCUUCCUUCAGUUUAUAUCUUUAUCUCAAUAUAUUUCCUCUCUGAACAGAAGUCCAGACACACACAGGACUCAGAGCUCAGCCUCACUUUACUCUGUUAUACUGACACAAACCCCACAGACGCUCAGGACACUGUGUGUGACAGUAAUCACACCUUGAAUCAGGAUGAAUCUACUGAUCAAACCUCCACAGAGUCUCUGGAUUCUGUCUGUAACGCUGGAGAACAGCAGAUCAUGAACACCAUACCACUGAACAUGUGUUCUGUCAGAUUGAUGGAAAUAAAAACAGAACCCACGUCAGAGGAAGAUCAGACUGAUGAAGAUGAGAAUGAUGACGAUAAUGAUAAUGAUUUUAUACCUUCAGAUGAGAGCGGUGAUUCAUGUGGUGAUGGAGAAACGGCCUCUACAUCAAAACAGCGACUGACAGCACAAACUCUUUCCUGCAUCACCUGUGGAAAGACAUUCAGUUCACAGAGACGUUUAGAGACACAUGAGAGAAAACACACAGAACAGAAACUCUUCACCUGCACCAGAUGUGACAUCAGCUUUCCUACCUUACAAGAGAAGAAACUUCAUUCACAAGAGCACAGAGAGAAGCUUCAGUGUGACAUGUGUGAGAAGAUUUUUGCCUCUUCUGGUCCUCUGAAACGACACAUGAGGACACACACUGAUGAAAAGUCUUUCCACUGCAGUGAAUGUGACAAAUAUUUUAGCACCAAAGGAACUCUUGUUAUUCAUCAGAGAAUUCACACGGGGGGGAAACCGUACGCAUGUCCUCACUGUGAGUGGAGAUUCAACCACAAACCUCAUCUGACAAAACACAUGCGUGUCCACACCGGUGAGAGACCGUAUGAGUGCAGUGAAUGUGGAAAAACCUUUAAGACUUCAAGUGGUCUUAAACAACACCAAACAUCACAUUCAGAGGAGAAACUCUAUCAGUGUUCACGCUGUGAUAAACGUGUCCGUGAUAAAUUUCAUCUGAUACGUCAUGAGAGAAUUCACACUGGAGAGAAACCUUAUCUCUGCUCUCACUGUGGAAAGAGCUUUUCAGAUCCAAAUACUUUUAAACGUCAUCAGAGAGUUCACACCGGAGAGAAACCUCAUCACUGUAAUGUUUGUGGGAGAAGUUUUAGCCGCCAAUAUGUAUUAGUAAAACACCAGACAAUUCACACUGGUGAAAGACUUUAUAAAUGUUCUCAGUGUGACAAGACGUUUGCUCGAUUAGAUGUCUUGAGAACCCAUCAGAGAGUUCACACUGGAGAGAAACCUUAUCACUGCUCCAUCUGUGGAGAGAAAUUUGCUUAUUUAGGAAGUUUUCAGACUCAUCAGAAGAAACAUGCUGAAGAACAAACUGCUCUGGAAUCAUCUGAGACUUUACAAAGUGACGAGGUUGUAAAGUACAUCACGUGACCAAAAACUGUCGCUGGUCAGAAUGCCUUCAGUGUUUACUGGACAGAGAUGAAGAAAUAUCGUCAUGAGUCUAGUGUUGAGUGUGAUGUGUCUCCAGUCCAGCAGGAG